UUCUGGUUCUAGUUAUCAGUUGAAUCCAGCUCAACCCAUCGCAUACACUCGCGGCUCUAACAAACCGAACUCCAAAAACUCCAAAACCAUUCAAAUGGCUUUCUUCAAAUCCCUGAUCUGCCUGGCUGUCCUCAGCGUGGCCUCCGCCGGUGUCCUGCACGGCGGUGCUGGUCUCUACGCCUCCGCCCCAGGCAUUUAUGCUGGCCAUGGACAUCCUGAUGAGGGAAUCGACUAUCAUGCGUACCCCAAGUACCACUACAACUACGGCGUGGCCGACUCCCACACCGGCGAUGUCAAGUCGCAGCAUGAGGUGCGCGACGGUGAUGUUGUGAAGGGAUCCUACUCCCUGGUGGAGCCCGAUGGUUCGGUGCGCACCGUGGAGUACACUGCCGAUGACCACAACGGCUUCAACGCAGUGGUGCACAAGACUGCCCCCACCAUCCAUCAUUCCGCACCGGCUGUGAUCGCCCAUGCCGCUCCAGUGCUGGCCCAUUCCGCCCCACUGCUGUCCCAUGGCCCGUCCAUUGCCCACCAUCUGUCUGCCGCUCCCGCUGUGCCCUAUGGCGGCUCUCUGGCGCAUCAGGCCGCCGUGCCCGCCUACGGUUAUGCCACCCACAACGCCCACGCGCAUGUGGCCCACUACUAAGGAGGAUGGAGGGAGGAUGCCCAGCCACCCACUUGCCACCACACUACCACCACCACCACCCGCACCACACCACUCUUCUGUAAUUUAUUAAGCACGUUGACGACCUCACAAAAAACCGAAUGGAAAACGGAUGAUCGAUCCACUGAUGAAGCCUGAUCCAAUACUCAGAACAGAAUCAAGUCAUGUCCAUCAUUACCAUGUGUAUAUAAGAGCGAGGGAGAGGGUGCAAUCAGCCCAUCUCUCUCUGUCUCGCACUCUAUCACCACCCCUAUGCAUCUGUCUGUCUCCCUCACCACACACCAUUGCCGUCUCUGUCUCAGCUUUCGCGCAAUUCUCUUUUUGUUUGUAAUAUUUUAAACUUCUCUUUUUGUUGUACAAAAAUGCGAGUGAAGAACGAUGAAAGCCCCAGCAGCGCAGCCCAUCAUGCCACGCCCACACGACACCAACCUGAAAAAAAAAGAUGAAGAAAAAAAUGAACAAAAACCAAUAAAAAAAUGAACAAUCUAUACAUAUAUUGUAUUAUAAAAAAAAAACAAAACAUUUGUGUCUAAUUUAAGUUAAAAG